AGACAACUAAAAAGAAGUGACUUGGGUUUAAUAAGUCGGAGGAAUCAUGAUUUUCAUUACUCUUCUUUUAAUUGUUCUUGCCGCAGUAAAUGGCCAAAGAUCAACAUCGAGCUAUCACCAUACUCCAAACAACAUAGAAGGUCCAAGACUUUACUCCUUCAACUAUCGCACACUUUUGAAAGAUGGUGUGGGAGAAAGUUCAAGAUCUGAAAGUGCGGAUGGCACAGGAAAGAUCCAGGGUUCUUAUUCUCUAAAUAAUGCUGAAGGACACUACAGAAUUGUUGAAUAUAUAGCAGACGAAGAUGGUUUCAGGGCUGUCAUUCGCACCAACGAACCUGGUACUAGUAGAAGAAAUCCAGCUAAUGUCGUAAUGCAACCCGAAUCUGGGCCAUUUGAGUAUAAUCCAGUAGUUCGGCGACCUGCUGCAGAUGAACCAGUCCCACCAAAUAUAAAACCAGCCACAACACCCGAAUCCAUUCGAGUACCGGACCGUCGUCCAAUGUACAGGAGACCUGCUGUCUAUUCAGGUCGGAAUCCACGUGUAAAUGUGGCUUCUGAAUCUGAUCUAGAUCAGAAUAUUCCAAUAAAUCGACGUCCUGCAGUGAAUUCCGGAGAGGAACCUAUAGUUCCAAAACUUGAAUCUGUUGAUGUACCAGCAGAUGACCUCAUUUCUAUAUUACCAAUUCUAUGAAUAAAUGAUUUCGACUCAUAUAUGUAGCACUUUCUACUCCAAGUGGAAAAGGUGCUAUUAUGCCACAAACUAUUCAAUAAAUAAAUUCUGGA